AUGUCUGGUGAAGAGGACCACAAGAAUUCUUACCCUUACUUUUCCAGCUUCCAUAACCAAGAUCAUCAGAGCAUGCACCAUCUGUCUGAUCAAGGGUUUGCUUUCCCUAUAAUCACAGAUCACAGCAAUAGCUAUAGUACCUUUAUGUACAACCAGCCACAGCAGCAGCAGCAGCAAAACCCUAACACCCUUGAAUUUGAUGAUCAUCAUCAUCAUAACCCUACUAAUCCUUCUCAUGACAAUUCCCAAAUGAGCUUCUCAAACUGCCUCCAAUUAGGGGCAGCUGACUAUAAUACCCUCUCAAAUGCCUUUGACCUUUCUUGUUCUUCAUCUGAUCAACAACAUCAGUUUUUGAUGUCGAACAACAACAACAACAACAACAACAACAAUAAUGAUAACGGUAACAAAAACAUUAGUAUGUCUGAUGAUUUUGUGUACAAUAAGGAGAUAGCUGCAGCCGGGAGCGAAAAUCCGCAGACUCCAAAUUCGUCGGGAUCGGUUUCUUCACACGAGGGAGGGGUCGAGGAGGACUCGUCAAAGGGAAACAAGAAUCCGCAGGAGAAAACCGGCGAGGAAGAAGGGCAAGAUGGGAAAUCUAAGAAUGUCGGAAAAUCGAAAAAGAAGGACGAGAAAAAGCAGAGGGAGCCGCGAUUCGCCUUCAUGACCAAGAGCGAGGUAGACAAUCUUGAAGACGGAUACAGAUGGAGAAAAUAUGGCCAAAAAGCAGUCAAAAACAGCCCUUUUCCCAGGAGUUACUACAGAUGCACAAGCCAAAAAUGUGGGGUGAAGAAGCGAAUCGAACGGUCUUCCCAAGACCCGUCGGUGGUGAUCACCACUUACGAGGGGCAGCACAACCACCACAGCCCGGCCACCGUCCGUGGCAGUGCCGCUGCCGCCAUGCUCAGCCCUUCCCUCUUCCCGUCGCCUUUCUCUAGCCAAGACCUCCAAUUUUUCCCCUCCAGCGGCGGCCACCUCACGGGCUCCGGCUACUUUUCCCAUCUCAUGAGCCCACACCACCAGCAUCAAGAGGCAAAUAACAACCAGUUGGGGCUGUUCAUGCCGGCUUUGAACAACAUGUCGUCGGCUUACCUUCACAAGCGCACUUAA